UUUAUUUCCCUGUUUAAUACCACGGCGCGAUGGCGGAACUCUGAAACUGGGGGGACACGAGAUGCAAAAGGAGACACGACACAGUCGCACACACCCUCGGGCGCUAUUAAAAAUUUCUCCCAAACAGCAUUUCAAUUACACUUUUAUCUCAUAUAUAAUAUAUAUCACGCACACAUCACACACGUAGCAUGCGGCCACGCAGGGAAACAGAGAAGCGCAGAUUCGAUUUCGACUCAGCCAACACCAACAACUCAGCCUCCUCCUCCCCCAAAUCACCGCGGCGAAGGCCGAAGCUCUUGGCGGUGCUGAUGGCGGGGCAGUCGCGGAAAUGGAUGAUCCUGGUGGCCACGAUUUGGAUUCAGGCCUUCACGGGGACCAAUUUCGAUUUCUCCCAGUACUCGUCGUCGCUCAAAUUCGCGCUUAACGUGUCGCAGGUGCAGCUGAACUAUCUCGCCACGGCGAACGACAUGGGGAAGGUUUUCGGGUGGUCCUCGGGGAUUGCCCUAAUGCACCUUCCGGUUUCUGUUGUUAUGUUUGUUGCGGCUUUCAUGGGGUUCUUCGGGUACGGCCUCCAGUGGCUCGUCAUCACCGGCGUCGUCAAUUUGCCUUAUUUUCUGGUCUUUCUUCUGUGCCUUUUAGGGGGAUGUAGCAUCUGUUGGUUCAACACAGUAUGUUUUGUUCUCUGCAUUAGGAAUUUUCCGGUUAACCGAGCCCUUGCAUUAUCGCUCACUGUGAGUUUCAAUGGCAUUAGUGCAGCACUCUACACCCUUGUUGCCAAUUCAAUUGAUCCAUCAUCGGAUGCACUGUAUCUGCUAUUGAAUGCUCUUGUUCCCCUUCUCAUUUGCAUUGCAGUACUUGUCCCUAUUCUUAACCAACCAGCUUUAGACCCUCUCCCUCCUGAUGCAGUAAACCGGGACUCAGUGAUAUUUCUAAUAUUGAACUUUAUAGCCCUUUUAACUGGUCUUUAUCUUCUCCUGUUUGGCUCAUCUGCUUCUGGUGUGACUUCUGCUCGGUUCUAUUUUGGUGGAGCUAUUUUCCUCCUCAUCUUCCCAUUAUGUAUUCCUGGCAUUGUAUAUGCUCGGGCUUGGUUUCGGCAUACCAUCCAUUCCAGCUUUCAGAUGGAAAGCUCUAGCUUCAUUCUUGUUCAUGAUGAUGAUCUUGAGAUGCAUAAAGAGCUCCAUAGCCGUCAAAAUAGUAUUGUUAGCAAUGGAGAUACUUACAGCCUGCUAAGCAACAAUGGAUACAUGUUUGGGAGCCAAAGGGAAAAAGAUAGUGAUCCGUGUUGUGAGACGAUGAUUGGGCAGGAUCAGUUAGCAGUGCUAGGAGAAGAGCACUCAGUUGCAGUAGUUGUCCGCAGAUUGGAUUUUUGGUUAUACUAUGCUACAUACUUCUGUGGAGGUACACUUGGUCUAGUCUAUAGCAAUAAUCUGGGACAGAUUGCACAAUCUGUGGGCCAGAGUUCAAAUACUUCUACACUUGUCAUGCUCUAUGCAUCCUUUUCCUUUUUUGGUCGCUUGCUUUCAGCUGGACCAGACUACAUUCGGAAUAAGAUCUACUUUGCAAGGACUGGUUGGCUAUCAAUUGCACUUAUACCAACCCCAGUUGCGUUCUUCCUCCUUGCUGCAUCAGACAGUCUUCUGGCACUUCAGACAGGCACCGCACUGAUUGGAUUGAGCUCUGGUUUUAUAUUUGCAGCUGCUGUGUCAGUUACAUCUGAGUUGUUUGGACCUAACAGUGUGGGCGUCAAUCACAACAUUCUCAUAACAAAUAUCCCUAUUGGAUCUCUUCUCUAUGGCUUUCUUGCUGCACUAGUUUAUGAUGCUAAUGCACCCUCAAUGCCAGGAAACUUGAUAACGUCUGACUCAGUAGUGUGCAUGGGAAGGCAGUGUUACUUCUGGACAUUUGUCUGGUGGGGAUGCAUAUCUGUCCUGGGACUAGCUUCAAGCAUGCUAUUGUUCUUAAGAACCAAACAUGCAUAUGAUCAUUUUGAGAAGAACCGUAUUUCAACUCAAUCAAUUGUGUCUUAAUUUUUGUUAUUGAUGGUCCAUGAAGAUGAUGGUGUAGUCGAGUUCAUUUGUAUAGUAGCAUAAAGUUUAAAUAUGCAUUUGGAGUUUGAGAUUAGAGAAGAAGAGUUUUAAAUUCAGAACCAAGAGGUAAGGAUUGCAUUAACUCUUUCACAGUGCACAAAAAAAGAGAAAAGAGGGGUAAAAAGUGGUCUGAGGAACUAUGCAUCAAUAAAACAGAAUGACAUCUGGAGCUGGACCUGCUAGAAGUUUUGCCUCUUUUGCAGCCAUGAUUUGGUUCACACUUAGCACAUAACUCCUCUGCUUUGAACAAAGUUGUGUUUAACCUGAUAGUUCAGCUGUAGAAGCAGGAGCUAUGCUUCGUCCUUGUGUUGGAUCCAAAGAUGCUGCUACCUUAUACUUUUUCAGUAGCUUUUGAUAAAAAGUUCUUUUAACAAAGCCAUACAUGACAUUUUAAAAAGCUUUAGUUAUCUAAUUCUUUUUAAUAUAUUAUAAGAUCUCCAAUGAGUAUGUGGCUCAAGUGCUCGAGUUACCGUGUUUUCUUUUCCUUCAGUUUCUUCCCUCGCCAAAGAGAAAUAAAACUUCAAGAGCUCAAUUUUGUAAUUUGGGAAACACAUAAUACAAGCGUCAUUUGACUGUAUGACCUUGAGUGGGACUUUUCUUUUCCCCAGGUUCUGAUAUGAGAAUUCUGAUUAUUCAUCACUUGCAAGGUUGACGCAGAUAUAGACUUGUAAAUUCUGAUUACUCAUGAAGCUAUCCUUUUGAUUACUCAGGAAGCUAUCCUUAGAAUCCUAACAGAAAAGUAUUUGCAAUUUUUUCCGCUGAUUUCAUCAUCAUCUUUAUUUGUUUUGAGUCAAUAGAAACAAGGUGUCUGUUCCUUUUAUGUAUCAAUGAAUGAUCAUUUAUAUAUCCUCAAUGA